AGUAAUACACGGCACUGUGAAUUUUAUAACGUUAUUAAGAGGGGGGGUUGAAACGUUACAGACAGCGAAGGCCUCUAGUGACUAAAACUCGGAAUCGGCGGUAUUACUAGAACAGUGUCCUUUGUAUACGUUCGUCCGGUAAACACAGGUCGAAGUUGCUGACAUGGCUCUUGUGCCGUAUGAAAACCAAACCUCGUUACCCGGUCUCAGCAAGCUGCACGAAUCUUCGGCAACGUUUCAUUUCGCCAAACACCAGAUCCACAUCAGACAGGACUGGAAGCGCCUGGGUGUUGCAGCCGUGGUGUGGGACGCUGCAGUGGUUCUUUGCACGUUCCUGGAACUCGGCUCGAUUGCUCUGGAAGGCAGCUGUGCUGUGGAGUUGGGGGCAGGAACCGGGCUGGUGGGAAUUGUAGCUGCUUUGCUUGGUGCUAAAGUGACCAUCACAGACCGAGAACCAGCAGUUGAAUUCUUAGAAUCCAAUGUCCAAGCCAAUCUGCCACUUGACUUCCAAGCAAGGACGAAAGUCACAGAACUGACUUGGGGGGAGGGCCUGGAUCGCUUCAAACCAGGUGGCUAUGACCUGGUUUUAGGAGCUGAUAUCGUUUAUCUGGAAGAGACCUUUCCUGAUUUGUUAAAAACGCUGGAAUACCUGAGCUCAGAGAGGACCGUGAUCCUGCUUUCCUGUAGGAUCCGCUACGAACGAGACCAGGAUUUCCUGAAGAUGCUACAGCAGGGUUUCACAGUGGAGGAGGUUCAUUACGAGCCAGAGAGGGACGUUCAUAUAUACAAGGCACAGAAGCGCAGAGUGAAAGAAGACUUGUAAGCACACGUGCGCAGGAUGUGUUCAAGGAUGUUCUGCUGAGUUUCCAAACCGCGACAUAAUGUAGCUAUGCCAGGUCAAAGGUUGCGUAUACACUGUGAGAAGUUUUCCGUCUCAUGUGUCUUUUUGUUACAUUGUCUAGUGACGAUGGAAUCAGUUAAACUAUUGGCUGUGUGUCAAAGCAUUUAAUCAUAUCAUUUAAACCGUGACUCUGGUGAUACUACAGCCCGAUUCGCACAGACUAAAAAUCACAUAAACAGGUGUGACCCGUCCAGUUAUUUAACAAUUUCUUCAGAGGUCCUUCUGAUUUUUUUUUUUUUUUUAACCUUCUGUAAAAUGUCAAACUCAAGCAUUCUGUGUCUCUUUAAUCCAGUGCGAAUCAGCCUUGUCAGUGUUAUCUUAAAGUUGAUGCAGCAUUUCCGGGGUAUUCGCCUCAAAGCAAUACCAGCCUUCACAGUAAGCCAUAAUAUAAUGUUAAAAUUGGUACGUUCUGUCCUGAGACUGCAUAACUAAAUUGGGGACAGGCAAAUACAAAACAUGGUUGAAUGGUGCAUUUAAAGAUAUGUAUGGAAAUUCAUAUCACUCACAGGAAGGUGCAACAAAAUUAGUUUUGUUCACCUGGUUCAUUGUUUACAAAUCAUGCACAACAUAUUUAAUUUUGAAUUUACCGACUUUCCCUUUCAGCCCCGUGCGAAUCAUGCUGAUGGCGCCAGACUUGCCUACCCGAGUUAAGUGAUCUGAUCUGUGCAAGUCAUAUUUUAUAAAUCAUUUUUGUAAUCAGUUUUAAAAGGACCAUUAAAAAAGCAAGGGUUAAAUUCUGA